AUGGUCAAUGGUGUUUUAGAUUCGCUGGGUAAGGUUGACCGGCUGUUGCAAUCUGGUGGCAUUGAUGAGAACCAAUGCCCUGUUGACAAGCGCAAGUACAAUGGGCCAAAGGAAAAUCCCAAAUCUGACCAUGUUGAUGCCUUCUUCAAUUACUUCUACUACAAUUUUGCGGAGACCCUGGCAGAAACUCCAGCAGUGGAGAGUGACCCCUAUGUUGCGCAAUUGCACUGCUCUGGUGUGAUGCUCCCAGGUGAUUUGAAGUCGGCAGAUCUUCCCCGAAGCUUGCUUGGUUUGGAGCCACAGCUGUUGGAGUCCACUCUGGCCAGUUCUAAUGCUGUGGAUUUCCUGGAGAUCUUGAACCUGAAGGUGACGCCUGUGAAAGGCAGGCAGCUCCAGAAUGCAAUGCUUGAGGGUGCCUUUGACUACAAGUCAUGGCUUGGCCAACUUGGUCUUUCGAUGACAGGGCUUGUCCCCAAUGCGCGGGCAGUUGACAAAGAUGAGACACGAGUCAAUCAUUGCUGGCGCUUUGUGAGGAGAUGUGCUGGUGUUGUGAAAGAGUGUGGAAAGUACAACAUGUUGAUGAAAGAGCUUUUUGCCAAGGCUAAAAAGCCAACUGCCGAUGGAGACCAGGAUCACUUCGCUGGUGUGGUUCAUGAGCAGCAGCUUGUCAUCCCACCGCAUGUGGAGGAGAUCUCAAACCCGGAGGUGGAUGUUGCUAUGGAAGCAUUAAAUGCUGAGGGUGCAAUGGAUCCUGGUGCUGAACUCCCUUCACCCAUUGAGAACCAGCUGGGCUGCCCUCGCUGUUACUUGAGUCCUUCAGGCUGUGCUGUUUGCAAGAAGCCUGGCUACAAAAUGCGUGUUACCCGUGAACAAGCCAUGGCCAAGAUCCGGGAGCAACUCCAAGCUCGAAGUGACAGGCCAAUGUCAAAGCCAGAUGUGAAGCCAAAGGUGAAACCUUUCAAACGACCAAGUGCUGCUGCUGGUGCUAUGCCUGCCCCAAGAUUGCGGAGGUUGCGCUGCUUUGAGUCCUUGGAGGAGGCCAUGGAUGAUGGUGUAGCCUUGCCAUCUGAUCUUGAUGGAGAUGAAGAUGAGCUCUUUGCAGUGCCAAAGGCACCACCCAAAGUUUCCAAGGCAAAGGCUCAACCCAAGCAAAGGCAGAAUGGCAGGAAGCAAGAAGCAGAGCCUGACCUUAUGGAUUGGGCUGAUGAGCGUUUGAAGGAUCCUGCGGCUAGAAUCCCAUCUAUUCUGGAGAUGCCAAUGGAGGAUCUUGCCCAGCAAUGGCAGAACCCACGGCCACCACCUGGAUGGGAUACUCGGUGUGUGCUAUGGGAGAUCUACUCUGUAGACACUCGUGCUUACUUUGGCUUUGAGCACCCGGACAAGUCAUUGGCAUGGGGCAGAGGGUCAGUAUUGCAGCUGGAGGGCAAACGAGGAGUCCGUGUGCUGAUGGUGUCUGCUUUACCUGUCAUGGCCUCGAGUGCGGUGGAGCUUUGUGGGACUAGGUUCUUUUGGUGUGCUUUGGAUAGGAUCUUGAUUCCAGUGGAUCUGCACUGCAGAAUUCUCACCAGUUUGGGAAGCGUGACUAUAUUCAACAUUUGGGGCCCCAGUGUCCUGUGA